AUGGAUUUACACUAAAUGCAUUCUCAUUUAUAAAUGGAAGGAAUCAUAUGUAUAUGUGGAUCAGCAUAAAUGGGUAGAGAUAUUACAAACAAGUUACAGGACAUGUAUAAACAGAUUGAAAAUAUUGCACCUUAUUUAGCAUUUAAAAAUAUUAGUGAGUUGGAGCAGAAGCAUUAGCUAAUUACAGAAUUAUGGGGAUGA